AUGGCGAUUGCCUGUGAAUGCCUCGUGUCUAAGUACAUCAUUCUCAUGACACUCCAAGACCGGAACGAGAAGCUCUUCUACCGAGUGCUGACAUCAGAUGUGGAGAAAUUCAUGCCCAUCGUGUACACACCCACCGUGGGGCUGGCCUGUCAGCACUACGGCCUGACCUUCCGCAGGCCCCGGGGGCUAUUUAUCACCAUUCAUGACAAGGGCCAUCUUGCAACGAUGCUGAACUCUUGGCCAGAAGAUGAUAUCAAGGCCGUGGUGGUGACUGAUGGGGAGCGCAUCCUGGGACUGGGCGACCUGGGCUGCUACGGCAUGGGCAUCCCUGUGGGCAAGCUGGCCCUGUACACGGCGUGUGGAGGGGUCAACCCACGGCAGUGCCUCCCGGUGCUGCUGGAUGUGGGCACCAACAACGAGGAGCUGCUCAGAGACCCCCUGUACAUUGGCCUGAGACACCAGCGCGUGCGCGGGAAGGAGUACGACGACCUGCUGGACGAGUUCAUGCAGGCUGUGACGGACAAGUUUGGAAUAAAUUGCCUCAUCCAGUUUGAAGAUUUUGCCAAUGCCAAUGCCUUCCGCCUGCUCCACAAAUACCGCAACAAGUACUGCAUGUUCAACGAUGACAUCCAAGGCACAGCCUCUGUCGCUGUGGCAGGGAUCCUGGCUGCUCUGCGAAUCACCAAGAACAAGCUCUCCAAUCACGUGUUUGUUUUCCAAGGUGCCGGUGAGGCAGCCAUGGGCAUCGCCCACCUCCUUGUCAUGGCCCUGGAGAAAGAAGGCGUCUCCAAGGCAGAGGCCACGAGGAAGAUCUGGAUGGUGGACUCCAAGGGGCUCAUUGUCAAGGGGAGGAGCCACCUGAGCCACGAGAAGGAGAUGUUCACCCAGGACCAUCCUGAAGUGAACUCCCUGGAGGAGGUGGUGAAGCUGGUGAAGCCCACAGCCAUCAUAGGUGUUGCCGCCAUCACAGGAGCCUUCACGGAGCAGAUUCUGAGGGACAUGGCCUCCUUCCACGAGCGCCCCAUCAUCUUUGCCCUGAGCAACCCCACCAGCAAGGCCGAGUGCACAGCUGAGAAGUGCUUCCGGGUCACUGAGGGCCGAGGGAUCUUUGCCAGUGGAAGUCCUUUUAAGAGUGUGACUCUGGAAGACGGCAGGACCUUCAUUCCCGGGCAGGGAAACAACGCCUAUGUGUUCCCUGGAGUGGCCCUGGGAGUCAUCGCUGGUGGGAUCCGGCACAUCCCAGACGAGAUCUUCCUCCUGACAGCAGAGCAAAUCGCCCAGGAGGUCUCUGAGCAGCAUCUGUCCCAGGGGAGGCUGUACCCACCACUCAGCACCAUCCGAGAUGUGUCUCUGAGAAUCGCCAUCAAAGUCCUCGACUUCGCGUACAAACACAACCUGGCCUCCUACUACCCGGAGCCAAAGGACAAGGAGGCCUUUGUCAGAUCCCUCGUCUACACUCCAGACUAUGACUCAUUUACACUGGACAGCUACACUUGGCCCAAGGACGCCAUGAGUGUUCAGACCGUCUGACAUGGUCUCAGAGGCUGGUGUGGGGCUGACCAUAUAAAUGGGUUCCAAAAUGGCCAUCCUUGUCACUGUGUUUUUCCUUUGAAGUUUCUGUUGUGAGGAGGGAUGCCCAGGCAUGUAGUGAGUGACAGCCUUGUCCCCAAAAGCCUAAGAGUUUUCUAUAACUUUUCUGUAACCCUUCUCUAAUGUCCUUCCCAAGAAUUUCUUCAUUUAUUAAUUGCCAACUGUUGGCUAGAACUUGUGAAAAAUGUAGAAUCCUGCCUAGAACUAUGCCUUUACAGAGCUCGGGGUCUAGUGGAGAUGAGAUAGGGACACAAUUCAUUUUGUCAGAAGGGAGAAAGUUCUAAGUCCGUAAAAGAAGUGCAGCUAAAGGUCAAGGGUGCUCAAAGAAGGGAGAGGAUACAUCCUAUGAGGACAUAAAAACAGGCUUCAGGGGGAGCAGUGUUUGCACUGAGCCCCAAGAGGGAAAGCUGGCUAGGAGUUCCGGGGAAUGAAGAGUGGGAGGGCAGCUACUGACCACCCUCAGAGACACGAGUGCCUGUUGGAAGAAUAGGCUCUGAAGGGCGUGAGGGCUGAGGGGCUGGAGGCAGCUCACUGGUCAGAAAUGGUCACUAUCCUGUGGGCUGUUGAGUGUUAGACAUUCCAUUUGGGUUAUUAUUAAAAGGAAAACUGGAGAAAUGUGGGUGGGGAGGGUCAGCAGACCAAGGAGUGAGGAGGAGAGGCAGUGAGAGGCAAAGCACCGUGGGGAGUUCUUGGGGAGACCUGACUUCAUUUUCCUGGCCCCUCUUCCACCCUCCGUGCUCUGAAGUAAUUGAGCAAACCAGAGCAGUUUUAUUGCAGAAUGGGCUUGGUUGGUCGUGGGUGUCCUUAGACCAAGUCCAGCUGUUGCCUUCACUGCCCUCAUGUCCAACAAAGCCCACCCUGUGGGGUGCAGUGGGAGGCAUAAGCCUGCAGCCUCUGCAUCAGAGCACCUGCUAAACUGCUAAGACCUAUUGCGAUGGCAGCUUGUAGCCUCUAACUUUAUUGUAAAACAGGAAACAGUAAGCCAGGCUUAGAGACCUACCCACCCCUGCUGCCAGCUCAGCCUCAGGACUCCCAGUGCCCACAGUGAAUAGGUCCUAUAGGGCCACCUCUCCGAGCAGGCGAGGUGCACUGCUGACCCUCCAGAAGAGUACUUAGCAGAGACACCCGCCACCCCUUGCCCAGGUCUCAUUCUUCCAACAUCUGCUUCCUCAGUGCUGGUGCUCAGCCAAGAAGAUACUGAGGAAACUUCCCUGUCCUCCAAUUCCUGGGCUCACAGAGAAUGAGAAACUCUUAAGAAGGUGUAAAGAGCAAAGCUGGAAUCCAAACACCAAGGAAACUUUUAUUUAACACUCUCUGUUCAACAUCCUGUCCCACCUACAUUUCUUUCAUACUCAACAUAAUUGAAAAGAAAAAUAGUAGGGAACAAUGAGACAAAAUCAGGUUCUUUGAAAAGAUCAACAGUACCAAAAGUUAGCUAUACUGACCAACACAAAAAGAAAAAAAAUACAAAUUACAUUUCCUUUGUUCCAACCACACUGAACACUUUGCUGGCAUUAAACACCUGCACUUUCAGGCCUGUGCCUUUGUACAUGCUUGGUCUCCACGUGGAAACUCCUUUCCUCUGCUUCCCUUCCUUUUAUCAAUUAAAUUUCAGUCGACCCCAGCUUUCUGCCUGGAGACAGCAUUCAUCCUUGGCGUUCAAAUGCAAUGGGCUCCAAGAAGUCUUCCCGGACAGAGUUAAUGAUUACAUUAGGGAUCAACAACAGGGAGAAUAAAUGGGAAAUUAUCAACUAUUUGAAAAUUAAACAGUACACUUCUAAACCCAUGGGUCAAAGAAGAUAGCACAAGGUAAAUUAUAUAAGUUGAACAAAAAAUAUCAGAAUUAAUGAGUUGUCGCUAAAGCAGGGCUUGGAGGGAAAUUUUAUAGUUUUAAAUGCCUAUAUCAGGAAAAAAAGAAAAGUCUCCAAGCAAUAUAAUAAACUUCCUCCUUAAGAAACUAGAAAAAGAAAAGCAUACUGAAUCCAGAGCAAGCAGAAAUUAGAGCAGAAAUCACAGACCUAUAGCUAGUAAAGAAAUUGAAUUAAUAAUUUAAAAUCUUCCCACCAAGAAAAUGCCUGGACCAGAUGCCUUCCUUGGUGAAUUUUACCCAACAUUUAAAAUAGAAAUAGUGACAAUCUCUCACAAAUCCUUUCAGAAAUAUCGAGGAGAGAACACUUCCUAAGUCAUUCUGUGAAACUGGUAUUAAAACCAGAUUUAAAACAACACAAGAAAAAUACAGACCAAUAUCUUCCUGAAUAUAGAUGCAAAAUCCUGAAUAAAAUAUUAGCAAACAUUUUACUAGAAAUAUUUCAUAGUCCCCUCCCAUUCUGUCCUCAGGCUCUCCUGAGGUUGCAUCUCAAGACUAAACGUUAAAUUAACUGUAAAACUUUUUUGUCUGAAGACACUACACAUGUGCUUCUGUACAAUGUGCAUUUUACAUGAACUUUCAGCCAGAGAUUUGUGAUUUUUCAAACUGAAAUUUUCGUAACAGUACAAAAUGAGAUAUAUAGAAAGACAUUAAAUAAUCACUGUAUGUCCUGGUAAGAAUCCAGUAAAAUCAAUUGUUGCAGCAACGUGAUGCAUACUGGUCUGCACGUGGGGUGGUAAACCUAAGAGAGCAAAUAACUGUAUAGACCUUACUUGAAAUGUUUGAAAUGACUGAAGGAAUAAACCACAUGGGGUUUACAGUGCUAUUCAUAAUUUCUAGGACUUUAAUUUUGUAUGAUACUAAAAAUAUACAAGCAUAGUGCUAGGUAUUUUGGCACUAAAUCUCUCAAUUUCUUACAUACUGUUUCUGGCAUGAGAGUAAUAGCAAGCCCAACAUGGAGCAAUUCUGUUAAGCAUGUGGCUUUUCAAAAUCCCCUAUGGAAGCUUCAUUAGACUUGUCAUUCUUUAAGCCUAUAUUUAGGCCAAUAUGUACUAUCAAUUAAGUCCUGUUUCAAGUUCCACUUCCAAGGCAAAAGCAUCAGGCAGGCAAACAGUUACUGAAUGCAGCAAUUUUAUGACCAGGAGUCUUUGUAGUGAACCACGUUUUAGAUUGAUUUCUCCAAAUAUCAAAGUUGCUUGCUGUUAAAUAUCGCCACCACUUUCGUCUUACUGUAUUGCAUCUCCAUUUUUCAUUCCACCUUUGACUAAUGCUAGGGCAACAGGUGCUGGACUUCUCCCAAGACCUGGAACACAAGAAACAGCGAUACAACUGCCAGGUUCUUCGUGAAAUUUAAUGCUUAUGAGACUUAACCAGUCAUCAACAAACGGGUUAGUCAGUGAGGAAUCAUCGUUAAAAGGCCAAUCCAGAACAUGGUUGCCUUCUUUCUCCACAAGAGCAGUGUCCUGAGUUGCCUCAGAUAGUACUACUAUUGUGGUAACUCCGUAUUUCUUAAGUUCCUCUAUAAAUUUAAGGUUGUGCUGGUUGGAUAGUGUUAUAAGAAAUCUCAUGUUGCUGUAUGUGACUUCCACAGAGCCCCGGUGGUUCAUUGGAGCCAUGUUAAUUCAGUUAAGAAAAAAAGACUAAAAAUGGAAAAAUACAUUUUUGAAUAAAAAGUAAUGUAAAGAAACAUAAGUCUGCCCCAAUAAACUACAAUUGAAAUUCGAAAUGCUUUGAAUAUGAGAUUGGGAGUCAUAGGACAUGAAAUGAACCACCUAACAAGCAAUCUUUCCAUUUAGUAAUAGCGGAAAGGAAGUGUGCCGAGGUUUGCCCCACACAGGUAAGAGUUUGUGUAAAACACGUUUAUUUCAACCUGACCCUUCUCCAUCCAUCUAACUGCUCUAUGGGGCUUCUGGGUAGAGCAGUGACGAAUUUCUAGUUCACUUGUCAUCAUAAAGGCCGAGGUGCGGCUGACGGCAGUCUCCCUAAUGCGUGCCCAAGCCCCCAGGGAAAGUAGUCCCCUUACUCAUCAAAGAACGUGGCCUACACACACAGCAGCUGCCGCGGCCUGGGCUACAGAGCAGGUGUCGUAGUGGUCCUCGUGGGAGGGCGACAGUGGGACACAGGCUUCACGGACCGUCGGUGGGCAGGCGGCCAAUCCGCGCAGGCCGAGGUGGCGUUGCUUCACAACACACCCUUUACAGCCCGCGUGACGUGUGCUCCUCUUCACCAAUAGCGACCCGGCGGGGUGGCGAGCCAAAAAAGUGUGCGCGAGGGCGAGAGACACGUUCCGCCCCCACCCCCGACGUCACGCGGCCACCGCCUGCCUGAGCCUGUGGGUGGGGCGGCACUGGCACCUGGGUGUUCUAGCCGCCCCUGGGGCUGAAGCUAGAUGGGGUUCGGAUGGUGGGGAAGCCUGGAAGAGGCUGGAGAGAGUCCUGGGCAUGGACUAGACGGGCAGGGAAGGAAGGUACAGGAGGAAGAAUCCCAUCCAUGGACGCUGACCCAUACAUCCUUUUCCAUAGGCUCCAUGUUUGAGCUGAUUCCUGUGAACAACAUACUGCUAGGCUGUUUUUUCAACCCAAUCUGACAAACUUUGUCUUUUAAUUAAAGUGUUACCGAAAACUGGAAAACCUGGACUGGAUUACUAACGGAAGAACCAAGUAGUACUUGGAGGUCUUGGAGGGUGGAGGUUUAUUUUACAACCGUGGGCUUAGAGGAGAGUGAUUUCCAAUGGUCUGAGCUCCAACACAGCAGUGCCAUGUCUUUUAUACAUUUACUACAAAGUUAAGUGGGGAGUCAACACCCAGAAACUAUUGCAGUAGGAGCUCGUAGGUCACUACAGGUGUAUUUAGGAUGCUAGUUAUAUUUUAAUCUAUUCUUGUAAAGGUUACCCAGAUGUGGUAUUAUAAACUAAUGGGCUUCCAUGACUAUGAUUAACAAGCUGUUCUAUACCACUGAGUCCAGAUGGGGAGGGGAUACAUUGUUACAUUGUUUUAAUCUCAAGUGCCCAAGCACCUUGUGAUUCCUUUAUAUUCUUGAAGCCUUAAAAGAAACUUUGUUUCUUUGGCUUCCUAGGUUUCCUAUCAAACACAGAGAGAGGGAGGGAUUUGAGAACUUUCUGAAUAUUACCUCAUCAUAAGAACCUAGUCCAUUUACAUUAUUACAUUAUUUUACAGUAUGUUAUCUUAUUGCUAUAUUUGCAUGUGUAUUUGAUCUCAUUCUGUGCUACUUAACAUAUUUCUGUAUUUCCUUCUUUAUCUGUUUUUUAUUUCUUUUGGAUAAAGGUUUUUCCUCCCCUAAAUCUGUAUUUUCCCUCUACUGUUUUGGAAGUUUGUAAUUGUGGUUAAAACUUACUAGCGGUUGUCAUAGGUAAGACACUGUUCUAAAUAUAAACGACUUUAUAUAAAUUCA